CUCACAGUGCUGGGAUCCAUAUGAAACGUCUCACAGAAAGCAUUUCGUCUACCGGCCAGACUCGUCUCCAGAGAUGCUGCCGCGCCCUGCGUCAACAUCAAUUAUAGACUCCUACUCACGGUCCGGACCUUUCGGUUCCACCGUGUACAACAGAGACUUUGGCUGGAGGCCAGCCUGUAGAGCUGAAUGCAUCCGCACAGGAACAGCCUCGGGACACAGGAGGAACAACCCGCACCCCAGCCAGGCUUUCCUGAUGUGGAGGCUGCCGAGGGACGCCGCGCCAGUCUUGCAGUAUGUGGCGUCGCCUUGGAAAUCUUCCCCCUCCGACCAUGAAAUCCAUAAAGCCUUCACGGCGCAGUACUGCUCCACCUAUAGAUGGGACUUCUCAGGAUCGCCUCCAGGAUAUGACAACAUGAACCAAACAGGAGGAAGAGCAGCGAACCUGCGGACCAGGCGACAGGUGUCGUUCCCUGCUGACACCGAGAUGAAGGCCACGUAUCGGGGCAGGAAGCAAAAACCUGAACUGCAGAACAGCAGCAGCACAGGUCCAACCCCACUCCGUCCCGGCAUAGUCCCCACUGUUGUUCAGCGGCACAUCCAAACGCAGCAGAAAGAGCCUGAUCUGACAACCUACGAGCGCUUCUGUGGAAAGAGAGUCAGGAACGUCUCAUCAGUGCUGAAGUCUCUGCUGCCUCAGGAGCUGCAGCAGCUCCACAGGAUGUUACCGGAGGAGGAAAAGGAGGCUGUGAAAAUCAUUUUGAGUAAGGAUCCCAGCGAUACAGAGAACCUGGAGAAGCUUCCAGCAGUGGCGUCCGCCUCUCGCUCUCCAGAGUACAUAUCAACUUGGCCCGGACCUGUUUGACCCCGGCUUCUUCAUUUAGCAGUAUGUUAUUUGAGUGCUUCAAAGGACGCAUAACUGAAAAACUAUUUGUGAUU